AUGACACAAUCACUGGAAAAGAUGAAAACCAAUCUUAGGGAAAUGAUAUUGAAAGAUUAUCCACCGAUUAAAUUUGUCUACGAAUGUAAUCUAUAUUCAUUAGGGAACGACAAUAGUAAUAAAAAAACAAAGACAAUAGAUCUCUCAUCAAAAACAUUUCAUCAACAAGAAGAAUUAUUAUUUAAUGAUUUAUUAAUGGUUUUACUUGGUUUUAAUACUGAUUUGAUUAGUUGCCAUAUGGAUGAAAAUGGAAAAUUUAAAUGGGAUUUGAAUGAAUCUGCAGAUAAUUGUACAAUGGCAUCAGUAAAAAAAUGUAUAAGAAUAGCUGAAGUUUUACGUGAAGUUAAAAUAAAUUUAAAUGUUAUAAAAAAUCGUCCUAUUUGUGGAAUAGUAACACAAAUUAUGUGUACAAUAAUGGAAAAUUACAUAACGGAUGAUUUUAAUAAUAGUUUGUAUACAUUGCAAAAACAAUCAGAAAAAUAUAUAUCAAAGAUUCUUUUAGCAUUAAAAGAUGAAGAGGAUGUAUUGGUUAAUUUUUUAGAAACAUUAAGAGAAAUCAAAGAAUCAAAUAUUUUUGGAGGUCAGGUUAUUAGUUAUCUUCAUGAAAGAAUUACAAAAUGUGGAAAUCCUAGUGUUAAGAUUGGGAAGUUACAACAAAAUAUCCUUUAUGCUUGUCUUAAUUAUUAUAAUAAGAUUUUAUAUGAAUGGAUUAUUUUUGGUACACUUCAAUCAGAUCCUUGUUUGGAGUUUAUGGUGUGGAAUAUAAAAAGACAUGAAAAUUCGAAGUGGGAAAGGGUAUCUGAUAAUGAAUCAUUUUCUAAAAUUUAUAUUGAAGUACCUGCACUUUGUCCUUCAAUUUACGCUUCCGUUCAGAAGUAUAUUUUUAAUUGUGGAAAGUAUCUUCAUGUUUUAGAACCUAAUGUUAUGAAAAGAUGCACUAAUACAAUUUAUGAUCCGACAAUUUUAGAAUUUAAAAACCAGUAUGAAAUGAGGAAUAUUAUUGUCGAAGCGUGUCAAAAUCAUUCAAAAGCUGUUUUGUUAAAAUUAAGACAGGAACAUCAUCUCUUUGACCUAUUUGAUGCUUUUAAUGACAUAUAUCUUGGCAGAUCUGCAUCGUGGAUAACUGAUCUAGUUUUUCUUCUUGAAGAUGAUUUGUGUCAAUCUACUGACAAAGCUGAAACUAGGCGUUUAAAUAUAUUAUUUAUGGAAGCACUAAGAAAUACAAAUCUUGUUAGAAAUAAUUUGAAGAAAAUGUUUAAAGUUGAGUGUAGAAAAACUUUAUUAGAAACUUUAUCUGAAUACAAUUCUAUACUUAUUCAACAUGAUGCUGUAUCUUCUUGUGGAACACACAAUACAUCAAAAUUAACAUCAGAAACAAUAUUUAUAAAUUUAGAAGCUUCGGAAGCUUUGUCCUUAGUUCUUUCUCAGCAAGUAAUUGUUCAGUACAAUGUAAUAUUCAAGUUAUUUUUUGCUUUACAUCGUUGUGUUCAUUUAAUUUCUCAAAAAAGAUUUCAUUCAGUAAGACCAUUGAAUCGUCAACAACAACUAGUUCUUUACAAAAUGUUACAUUUUGUCACAAAAUAUUUUUCAUUUUGUUUUCAUAAAAUUAUCCCCCAAGGAUAUAUCACAUUUAAAAAAGUUUUGGAGAAUGCUGAAUAUAUUGAAGAUGUUGUAUCUGCUCAAAAUACAUUUUUAGCAGAUUGCUUUGAGAAAUGCCUUUUCAAUCAACAUGCUCACAUGUCAUGUAUUACAGCAACUUUAGAAAUUAUAAGUGAUGUUUGUAAAGAUAAACUUUCCUUUUCUAUUGGAUCAACUGAAUUUGAUCAACUUUAUACACAAUUUUAUGGUAAUUUAAAAUCACCUACAAUAGUUAAUCAUGAACUUUUUUCAUGGUUCAAUGGUCCGAUGGUCAUAAAAAAAUAA